UAAAUUUUUCAGAAUCAGUUGUUCAACUGUCAAAAUUACAAAUCAAUUCAUUAAAUUUUGAAAAUGAAUGAAAACAUCGUAUCAAGUUCGCAAAGUUUCUACAAAUCUGUGUAUCAGAAGCGAAGGCAAAGGAAAUAUAAAUUGAGUCAAUAGCCAAUUUUGACAAUUUGACAACCUCGCAAAAAUUGACGUCUUGCCAUGAAUUAUUAUCACAGUGUGCUGAGUUAUCCACAAAUGAAAAUGAAUUUCAUAUCACUGAUACACAGUUAAUCGACUGUUGCAAUAUAGUGGAAGUUACGAUGAAAGAAGUAAAAGACGCACCAAAAAGAGUUCGUGGUGACAAUAACAGCAAUAACAAGAAUAACAAUAAAACAAUAGUAGAUAUAAUAUUUGAGGACUUUUCUACAACGACUUUUAACAGUACUAUAGCAUCAUCUGAGAGUAAAUUAAGAAAUUUGGGACGGAGCGCUUUAUUUAUAUUACUGGAGAAACCGAAACGUUGCUAUAGCCGUAAAUUUAAAGAAAAGGCGAAAUCAAAUUUGGAGGAAGAAUUCAAGGCUGCUAUUGAGGACAAUAGGAGCACAUGUUCAUCUUCCUUGUUACAAUGCAAAAAAACGAUGAGCAUCUUAUCAAUGUUUGUAAUCAAUUCGAAGACACUGUAAUUGACGAACAGAUAAAGAAGACCGUGAAAUUCUGAGUUGAUUUAGCCAUGUUUGUCCGUCUGGUUGGAUGUGUGGUGUGCGUUGUUGCCAAUCUCCUGGUCGCAAACCUUGCUUUAAGUUUAGAGUGAUGAGAUAAAGUGACUACGUCAUGAGACCCAAAAAAUUUAGUCAGUUCGGAAAAAAUAUCUGAUAUAAAGGGUCACAUCAAAUUGUUAAGUAAAAAAAGUAACCUUAAAAAACCUCGAAAUAGGUUUUUAUCUUUUAAAGGAACUUUAAAGUCUAACUUCCCUCAUUAAAAUUUCUAGCUUGAUAUUAGUGGCCCUAAUGAAAUGAAUGUUAUGAACACCGGAAAUGUAUAAAUUAAGUGGCAUAGCAAGAGGCUUGUGAUCGAUAAGUAUGUUGAUUUCCGCCCUUCUACUAAACACAUCAAAGGCCGGCACAAAGGUCGGCAUAGCGAAUUCAAUGGAAAACAUAUGAAAUUGUUUAGAAAUCAAAGGUCGCCACAAAGGUCGACAUAGCGAAUUCAAAAGAAAACAUAUGAAAUUGUUUACGCUAUAUUUUUUUCUGCACCUUCGAAAUGAAUUGUAAUGAAAUAGAAAAUUAAAGGAUAAAGCUGCUUUAAGAUGUUUUGCGAAAAUUAAAAAGUUGGC